AUGUCUGAUCCACACCCUUUUGAUCCUCUUGGACCCCAGGAAAUCACCAAGGCAGCAAAAGUUGCUCAAGAGCUACUCCAUGGAAAAUAUCUCAACUUUCGCGUCAUCACCUUGAAAGAGCCACCAAAGCAGGAGAUGAUACCAUACUUGAAGAGAGAACAUCUUGAACAGCCCCAAGUCUCUCGACCUGCUCGUAUCGCUCAUAUUCAAGCCAUCGUUCAUGAUGAAUCUGGGCCAAAUAAACUCACUGAACUUCUGAUUGAUCUGGACCAGAGUGCUGUCGUUAAACAAGAGAUCCUUGUGGGAAAACACUCGUUUAUUGACUCGGCUUACAUGAAAGAUGUUGAGAAUAUUUGCAUGGCAGAUAAAAGGGUGCAAAUUGAAAUUAAAAAGUUGAAGCUACCUGAAGGAGCCUCGGUCGUUGUUGAACCGUGGGCUUAUGCUACUGAUGGGAUGAACGACAUGUCGGAGCGGACUAGCAUGUGUUGGUUCUAUAUGCGACUAUUGGACAAUCCCGACGCCAACUAUUAUGCAUACCCGCUUGACUUGUGCGCGGAGGUCUCUGAGCAACUCAAAGUGACCAAGGUCUACCAUUUGCCUUCGUCGGAGAGCGAGAGACUUCAUGAAGAAGCACAGCCAUAUGACCCCUGCAAAAUCCAUCCCACUGCAAUGAGUGAAUAUCAUCCCAGUCUACGGCCACCGCCACGCAAAACCACUAAGCCCUACCAGGUUGUCCAGCCAGAAGGGGUUUCCUUCAAGUCACAUGGAAACCUGUUGGCCUGGGAGAAAUGGACUAUGCGCGUGGGUUUCAAUUAUCGCGAGGGUAUCACCUUACAUGACAUCCGUUAUGACAGUCGAAGUCUCUUCUACCGACUGUCUUUGGCAGAGAUGUUUGUGCCUUACGGUGAUCCGCGUGCACCGUUUCCCCGCAAAGCAGCAUUUGACCUUGGGAACGAUGGUGCUGGGAUUAAUGCAAACAACUUAUCUCUUGGGUGUGAUUGUCUAGGGCUGAUCAAGUAUUUUGACGGAUGGCACAACACUUCCUCAGGUGAACCAUUGAAAUUGCCCAAUGUUAUCUGUUGCCAUGAGCAAGACGAUGGGAUCUUAUGGAAGCACACAAACUUCCGCACAGGAAAUGCUGCAGUGGUGAGAUCACGUAUUUUGGUCUUACAGACAAUCAUCACAGUCAGCAACUAUGAGUAUAUCUUUGCUUUCCACUUUGGCCAAGAUGCUUCAAUUCAUUAUGAAGUUCGGGCCACUGGGAUCUUGUCUACCAGUCCUAUCAGCAUUGGUGAUAAAGUUGGAUAUGGUACUAUUGUUGCACCGGGUGUCCUUGCUCCAUAUCACCAACACUUAUUCUCUCUUCGCAUCGAUCCUGCGAUUGAUGGAGUUACAAACUCAUUGCAGGUUGAGGAGUCUUACUCUUUGCCUUUUAACGAUCCAUCCGUUCGAAAUCAUUUCGGGGUCGGGUACACAACACAUUCAGAGAUUGUGACGGAGGAGGGGGGGCUAGAUCUCGAUUUCAACAAAAACCGCACAUUCAAGAUCAUCAAUGAGGCGAGAAUCAAUCCUAUAACUGGUACGCCUGUUGGAUUCAAAAUCGUUCCAUGCUAUAGCCAACUGCUACUGGCCCAUCCGGAGUCUUUCCAUGCAAAGCGAUCUGAAUAUGGAAACCAUGCAAUCUGGGUGACUCGCUAUAACGAUGACGAGCUAUUUCCGGCUGGAAAACAUACUAUGCAGUCCCUGGGGGGCGAAGGGAUCAACUCGACUAUUGCUCAGCGGAAAAAUGACCCUGACUCCAAGUCAACAGUGCGAAACGAAGACAUUGUUAUUUGGCACACAUUUGGGUCGACGCACAAUCCAAGAAUUGAGGAUUGGCCAGUGAUGCCAUCUGAAAAGAUGGUGGUUGGUCUCAAACCGGUCAACUUCUUUACAGGAAAUCCGAGUUUAGAUGUCGCUGUAUCAAAUCAACAGGAUAACCAGAGUAGACUUGUUGAGUUGGAGUCAAUAUCAGCAUGUUUUUCUCCAUUUCAUUCCAAUUGA